ACCCAAGCUUGUUUCAUGAUCAGAAACUGAACUAAAAUUAGAGAUCGGAUGCCACUCUAAUUUAGAGAAAUGAAUUUAGACAUAAUCUUAUGGCUCGAUAAAGGAAGUAAUUAAUUAGAAAAUACAAACCAAAACCGGUCUACCAACGGGAGCUCAAAGUCACGUCACGAGGGAAUCGGCCGAGCUCCGCUUGCAUUACGGUUAUGAUGAGAACCGGUACGGAUCGAGCAAAAGGACGGUUAUAGGGGUUUUCUGAGUCGGAUUCGAAAUCUCUAUGAAUCGAUUUCUUCAGUUUUCUCCACUCAACAAUUGAACCUCCAAUUUCCAGAGUUCUACACCUAUCUCCUUCAUUCGACUCUAUUUGGAGUGGAUCUAAGCUUGAAACUCCGUUUUUUGAAGGUUCGGUAAUUGCGUUUCAGCAAUAUUAGGAUUUAUGUUUAGGGUUUUUGCUGUUUUGAGUGAUAUAUUCGAGUUCAUCAUUUUGAUUUGAUAGGGAAACAUGGAUGGGGAUGUACCUAAUAUAAAGAAGUGGAUUGUAUUGUACCCUAUUUACAUAAAUUCAAAGAAAACAAUAGCUGAGGGCCGGCGGGUUAACGCUUUCAAAGGUUGUGAAAACCCGAGUUGCGCUGAGAUUGGUGAUUGCUGUGGCCACCUCAAACUGCCUUUUGCAAUUGAGAUUGAUAAGGCAUAUCCACGUGAUUUUAUGCAAAGAGGGAGAGUGAGGGUUUUGCUGAAAAAGGAAGACGGGACUCUAUACAAUCCGGCCAUAUCCUCCAGGAAACAGCUGAUGCUCCAUAUUGUAGAGUUGGUUCUGAGACACCCAGGGAGGACUAAGAAACAAGAGCCUACAUCCGCCUUGACUGCUGGACCUUCAAAAUUUGGGAAGGCCAGAAAAAAGAAGAGAUAGAUUCAGUAUUGCAAAUGAUGAUUGUAGCUUUUCUUUUGAACGAUUGACAAUCUUGUUGAGCAUGCACGGAUUCUUUUAAUUUCUUUUGCCCUUUGUCUUGGUAGUCAUAUUCUAUACGCUAGGCAAGUGUUGUGAAAUCCAAUAUCCAACUCCUCUCCUCCGUCUACACAAGCCCUGAUCCCUUUCAGCGUAAAAUGUGAUGAGCAAUGCUCUUUUGUGGAUCCAAACAUGGAAUAUAAAGAUUUGGUGCUCAACUGGCAGGCUUGUUGUCACUGGUAGGUUUAUUUUGUUAUUCAUAGUUGCUUGAUGAAUUGUAAUGCUCUUUGGUUCCGACUUACAUUUGUUUGGAAGUAUGGACCUUUGCGUUGUUGAAUGCCA